CACAGAAACAUGAUGUCGCUGAAACUGCAGAAGCGGCUGGCAUCAAGCGUGCUCAAGUGCGGAAGAGGGAAGGUUUGGCUUGACCCCAAUGAAAUCUCCAUGGCCAAUUCUCUUCUGAAGUUGCGCUUUGUUCUUGAAUUUCAGAAAAUAGACCCAUUAUCCAAGGAGUUCUCAUCGUCCUCUUCAAAUGGGUCUCCUUAUGGGAAAGUUAAUUCCUUUGUGGAUGAUACCUACCAAGACAGUGCAACAAAAGUGGAGGGUAUGAGAAAGUCAGUUCAAGAUGUAUGUCGGGUGUUGGACACUGGUCCUUGGAGACCUGCCCUUGAGGAUGCUCUCAACUCGUUUGAUGAAAUUCCUCAACCAGAAUUGGUUGUUGGGGUAAUAAGGAGGUUGAAGGAUGUGAAUUUGGCAUUGCAUUAUUUUAGGUGGGUGGAGGGGAAAACUGAACAAGCACAUUGCCCAGAAGCCUACAAUGCACUUCUCAUGGUUAUGGCUAGGACCAGAAACUUGGACUACUUGGAACAGAUUCUUGGGGAAAUGAGUAUGGCUGGAUUUGGACCAUCUAAUAAUACUUGUAUUGAACUGGUUGCUAGUUUUGUUAAGUCGCGGAAGCUAAGAGAAGCUUUUGGUGUUAUUGAAACAAUGAGGAAGUUCAAGUUUCGCCCUGCUUUUUCGGCUUAUACGACACUGAUUGGUGCCCUCUCUGCAGCUCAUGAAGCUGAUCUCAUGCUCACUCUUUUUCAUCAAAUGCAGGAAAUAGGUUAUGAAGUAAGCAUACAUUUGUUUACUACACUUGUUCGAGUGUUUGCCAGGGAGGGUCGCAUUGAUGCUGCUCUUUCCUUGCUGGAUGAGAUGAAGAGUAACUCGUUUGAUGCUGACCUUGUCCUCUAUAAUGUAUGCAUAGAUUGUUUUGGCAAAGUUGGUAAGGUGGAUAUGGCCUGGAAAUUCUUUCAUGAAAUGAAAGCACAAGGGUUGGUGCCUGACAACGUGACAUAUACUAGCAUGAUUGGGGUUCUUUGCAAGGCUGAGAGGUUGGAUGAAGCUGUUGAGUUGUUUGAAGAAUUGGAUCUCAACAGAAGUGUUCCUUGUGUUUAUGCUUAUAACACCAUGAUUAUGGGUUAUGGUUCAGUUGGGAAAUUUGAUGAAGCAUACAGUUUACUUGAGAGGCAAAAGGGAAAGGGAUGUAUACCUAGUGUAAUUGCAUAUAAUUGCCUUCUGACUUGCCUAGGAAGAAAGGGUAAAGAAGAGGAAGCAUUGAGAAUCUAUGAGGAAAUGAAAAAAGAUGCAGCACCCAAUCUUGCAACCUACAAUAUUUUAAUUGACAUGCUUUGCAAGGCAGGAGAACUCGAAGCUGCUCUAAAAGUUCAGGACGCCAUGAAAGAGGCUGGCUUAUUCCCUAAUAUCAUAACUGUAAAUAUAAUGAUUGAUCGGCUAUGUAAAGCUCAAAGGCUUGAUGAAGCUUGCUCCAUAUUUUUAGGAUUGGAUCAUAAAGUUUGCACCCCUGACACAUUUACAUUUUGUUCACUUAUUGAUGGCUUGGGCAGACAUGGCAGGGUGAAUGAUGCCUAUAAGCUUUAUGAAAAGAUGUUAGAUUCUGAUAAGACUCCGAAUGAAGUGGUAUAUACAUCCCUUAUUAGGAACUUCUUCAAAUGUGGUAGGAAGGAGGAUGGUCACAAAAUUUACAAAGAGAUGUUGCAUAGGGGCUGUUCUCCUGAUCUGAUGCUCCUUAAUACUUACAUGGAUUGUGUUUUCAAAGCUGGUGAAAUUGAGAAGGGAAGGGCUUUAUUUGAAGAAAUUAAGGCUCACGGGUUAGUUCCUGAUGUUCGGAGCUACUCAAUUUUAAUUCACGGUCUUGUGAAAGCAGGUUUUUCCAAAGAAACAUAUAAAUUGUUUUAUGAGAUGAAAGAAAAAGGACUGCAUUUGGACACCCGUGCUUACAACACAGUUAUUGAUGGAUUCUGCAAGUCUGGUAAGGUCAAUAAAGCUUACCAACUGUUGGAGGAAAUGAAGACAAAGGGUCUCCAACCUACUGUUGUAACUUAUGGUUCUGUCAUUGAUGGACUUGCUAAAAUUGACAGGCUCGAUGAAGCAUAUAUGUUAUUUGAAGAAGCAAAAUCAAAAGGUGUUGAUUUAAAUGUAGUUAUCUACAGCAGUCUUAUUGAUGGGUUUGGGAAGGUGGGAAGGAUUGAUGAAGCAUAUUUAAUUUUGGAGGAGUUGAUGCAGAAAGGUCUGACCGCAAACGCAUACACAUGGAAUUGCUUACUUGAUGCAUUGGUGAAAGCUGAGGAGAUUGAUGAAGCUCUGGUCUGCUUUCAGAACAUGAAAAGCUUGAAAUGUUCUCCAAAUGAAAUAACAUACAGCAUUAUGAUAAAUGGUCUUUGUAUGGUCAGAAAAUUUAAUAAGGCCUACGUGUUCUGGCAAGAAAUGCAGAAACAAGGGUUAAAACCCAAUACUAUCACAUACACCACCAUGAUUUCAGGACUUGCAAAGGCUGGAAACGUUCAAGAAGCGAAAGGCCUCUUUGAGAGAUUUAAGGCAAGUGGGGGCAUACCUGAUUCAGCUUGUUAUAAUGCAAUGAUAGAAGGACUAUGCAGUGCCAAUAAAGCAAUGGAUGCAUAUACACUUUUUGAGGAAACUCGGCUGAAAGGUUGUCGUAUACAUAGCAAAACAUGUGUUGUUCUUUUAGAUGCAUUGCAUAAGGCGGACUGCCUUGAGCAGGCAGCUAUUGUUGGUGCUGUCUUAAGGGAGAUGGCAAAGUCUCAACAUGCUACAAGAUUCUCUUGAGAACAGGUUGUGUGUGUUGUACUGGUACUGGAAUAGAAGUCUGGCUUCUGGACCAUAAUAAGUGGUGGUCUUUUCAGUAAGUGCUUGCCUUAUUACACCUUCCCAUUGACUGAUCAGGCAAUUUGCGAGGCAAAGCAAAAGAUUUCUAAUGUCACCAGUUCUUUGAUAACUCGAAGUCCCUAAUCGAAUUCCCUCCUUGUAUUUUUCAUUCAUGAAGGAUAUUUACUCUUUUCAUUUGGAUUCCUAAGCCACUGACCCUAAAUAGUUUGGGAUAAAAGUGUUGUUGAUAUUGACGUUGAUGUUGAAGGAUAUUUACUCAAAUUUGACUGCCAAUGGACAGUCUUCAGCUGUCUUAACUAUGAGGUUGCAAGAUUGGGUGCUACAUCUUUUUUCAUUUCUUCAGGUUCUCAAUGCUUCCUCUACUUUACCCUUUCUUCCUAGGCAAGUCAGAAGGCAAUU